UUUCUCUUGAUAUUUAUAUAUACACACACGCACGCGUAGGAUGGAAAAAAAGCGUGUCAUUUUAUUUAAAAAAAGCGACGAUGCAUAUCGUAAUUUAUUUGAGAAACAAUACAAACCCGAUUUCAUUCCGGUGUUAGACCAUGCUCUAGAUAACGUUGAAGCACUUGCCAUUAUCUUAAGCCAAGGUCCUCAAGACUGCAAGGGUCUUAUAUUGACUUCGCAGCGCUCAGUAGAAGCAAUAAAUCAGGCGUACAACAUAUGUCGAAUGACCGAUAAAACGCACGAGGAAUGGAAUACAUUGCCUAUUUACAUUGUAGGUCCAAAAACAGCAGACGUAUUAGCACAGUCCCCUUUAUUUCAAAGUCACGAUCAUCGUCAUUGGGUGAUAGCACCUCGAGCAUCCGAAUUAAUCAAAGAUUUGCUAAACUCCUCACAUUAUUUGUUUCUGGCGGGCGAUAAAAGACGCGAUUUAAUACCCGAAGCACUACAUGAAGCACAUAUUCCGUUUCAUGAAGUUCAGACAUAUGCUACAUGUCCACACCCAGAAUUAAAAAAUCGUAUGAAACAUCUUGAUUACCAUGAAGGGGAAUGGUUAGUGUUCUUUAGUCCUUCGGGAAUCAAGUUUAUAAAGGACGCAAGCCCAGAUAGCAUGUCAACAUUGUUUGGUGGUUUGUUUCGCAUUGCUGCCAUUGGUCCAACAACAGCGGAUUUUAUCACAAAAGAUUUAAACUUUCAAGUCGAUGUCGUGGCUGACAAACCGGAUGCGGAGCACUUAUUUGAUGCCAUGGUUCAGUUUGAUACGAAUCAAUAAAAUGCUGCAUAUAUACAUAUAUACAUACAUAUAUACAUAUAUAU